AUGCAGGCGCACACGACGGGCGAUGUGGCCUCACUCGCGGACGAAAGCACCCCGCUGCUCGCCUCGCCCGCAUCCUCUCCCCGUUCUCGACCUCCUCGUCCGCGUCCUUGCCCACGACCCGCUCCACCUCCUCAAGAGGCCCGCGACACCCUUACGCUCCCCUACUUGACCCGCUCACUCGCCGCCAUCCGCGCCGGCUCACUCCCCUCCACCUUACAGCUCCUCACCCUCUUUCGCGCGCUACUCGACUCGUCCUUUCUGUCCGACUUCCACCAAGUCCCGUAUCUCACCAACGCCGCGACGCUCUCCAAGGAAGGAGAGAAAGUACGUUCCGCGUUGCGGGAAGUGGUGCAGAAUUUGGAGGAAUUGGUGAGGGCAAGGAAUCCGAGGGUUGAGUGGGAUGAGGAGCGAGAGGUGUGGGUUGGACAAACGGGAGAGGAAGGGACGGGCGAUGGGUGGCAGGAGUUUGUGUGGGCUUGUCGGAAGACGAGGGUGGACAUUGAUCUCCCUUCUACGUCAAUUCCCACCCCUUCCCCAUCCGACCUCUCAGCAGCGCACUCUUCCCUCUUGACCCUCCUCCAACUCACCCUCACCGCCCCCGCAUUCCUCUCCCUCCUCUCGGACUUGGUCGUCCUCCUGCGUGACUAUUUCAGCGCGACGAUUGAGAAAGCGGAGGGCGAUGAAUUGGUCAGUGCCGAAGCAGGCGAGACGGUGAAGGAUGUUGUGGAGGUAGUGGUGGAGGGUGUUAUUGGGCCAGAGGCGCAGAAGAAGGGGGAGGGAGGAUUAAGGGCGGACGAGUCGGUGCAGGAGAUAAAGGACGAGUUCGUGGAGCGCUUACAGCAGGUCCUUGUCCAGCUCCAGUCGACUCAGGCGUAUCAAGGCGCUACCCGCACACUCCUGUCCCUCGCACAUUCAUACAUUCGUCAAGCCAUCGACGAACUCACGCCCUCCAUCGACAUCGACUCUCGCGCCUCGCCUUCGACUCCUCGCCAACUAACCGACCCGUCACACAUGCUCAUCCCCCUUCUCGAGCCCUUCACAGGCGGACCAGCCUCCCUCGCUCCGCUCCGCACAUCGUUCAAGACUCUCACUUCCCGUCUCUCACCCUCGAACCCAUCGACAAAUCCGCAUGCUCUUUCGACACUAUUCUCGCAACUCGACUCGCUCGUCGACCGGGCGUUGCUCGAGCCUGGCUGGGCGGGGUCGAGGAAGUGCUAUGCCGCUAUCGGGAGGCUACGGGAGACGGCGUCGCAAGUCGGACAGGACGAUCCAGUCCUUCGCGCUGCCAUCGGAGACGCCUUCUCGCUCCUCGUCGACGCCAUCUCGAAAGUCGCCUCCGACCCACUUCUUCAUCGAACCGCCACGGCUGUCGAACAACUCGGAGAAGCGGUAGUGGGAUGGGUCGAGGUCGCAGGUGGGAAAGCGUUGCAGGUUGUGGAAGGACAGCCGUUGAACGCUAUUUGGGCUGAUUUGGUCGAGUGGGUUUGGCCGAGGGUUGUUGGCGUGCUUGCUGAGAUGUCGCUACCAAGAAUCGAGUUCGCCUCGCCCGCCGUCUCGCUCGCCAUCGAACCUCCCUCACUCCUCUCAAACUCGCUCGUCCCCUCCUCCAUCUCCAUUCGCCAAACAACAGCCCUGACCUACACUCCCUCGCACGGCUGCUCGACUCUCGCCCUCCCCCUCUCCGCUUCCGUACCCGCUCCUCCUCCUUCCUCCCUCUCCUUACGCACUUCCGCCUUCGCCUCUACCCGCCUCGAAGUCACCGGCCUCCGCCUCGAAGUCGAGAAUGUCGGCUACUUCGCCUCUUACCAUACCGGCAUCCCUUGCUUCCCAACCCUCAGCGAAAGCGGCCUUCUCGACCUCCGUCUCGGUUCAAACCCCUCCAGCGGACUAUCCUUCUCGCUCGUCACGUCCACGCUCUCCUCACCCGCCGCACGGACGCUCUUCGACCUCGACCCCGCCGAGACGCAAGUCACCCUCGAAGACUUCCGUAUCACGCCUCACCAUUCCUCGCAUCCUUGGUUGAUGUGGCUCCUCCGACCUAUCUUGCAGACGGCUGUAAGGAAGGUGGUGGAGAAGGAAGUGAGGGAGAAGGUUGUUGAGGCCGGGGUGGAGUGGGUUGGGAGAGUCGGCUGGAGCGUGAAGGAAAGGGAUAGGAAGUUGAGGAGCGAGGAGGAGGGUGAGAAGGUGGGAGUGCGGGGGGCAAGCAGAGGGGAGGACGGGGCGAAGCAGGCGGUGUGGAGAUGGUUUAAGGCUGGAUGGCAGGUCUUGCUCGGCACCGGCAACGAUCAACCGUCCUCCCCUUCAACGCCCUCUUCGCCCGCCUCAGCCGCCACUGCCGCCCCGACUCUCGACGACGUCCAGCUCAACUCACGCGGUAUCACGCUCGACCUCUCCUCCGAAGAAGCGACCGUCGGACUCGGCUCAGAAGGCGUCGUCCUCUCUCCAGGCGAAGCGUCGAUCCCUCAUCCGGACGGCCAGAAGAAGGGUUUACGGCGAGCGGUGAGGGACGAAGUGAGGAGCGAGGUGAGGGAAGGUCGGCGGGUCGGGAGGAAGGUGAUGCGGCUUCCGGGCGAGGUGGAGGAAGCGAGGGAGGAGUGGGUGGAGUAUGGGCGGCGGGAGCAGGGUGAAGUGUUGACUUGGAAGAGUGAGGCUUUCGAUCUGUAG